AUGCGAGGUGCUGGAGGUGACCCACGUCUUCACGACGAACGUGCGCGCCUACCGGUGGGAGCAGCGGGGUCCUUAGCACCAGACAGACAUCGAGACGCUCCCCAAGGCGGCGCAGUCGUCGGGGUGCGGGGGUGCGCUCGCGGCGGGCGGCGGGGCCUUCGUCGUGGGAUGCAAGGACGGGGAGGCGGUCGUGCGCAGGGUGCUAACAGAGAUGCUGCCGGCGCCUCCCCGCACCGUCGCCUCUACAGGCAGCGCUGGCAGCGGCGCGAGUGUGCUGUGGCGCAGCGCCGUGCUGAAGGAGGGCGUGCCGCACGUGUGCGUCGACGUCCGCGCCACGGAGGACACGCUGCGCAGGGUUGCCAGGGCGCUGAGCGUGGGCAGCGUGGAGGUGUGCGGCGACCUGCUGGACUUUGUGGAGGAGGCGUGCCGGAUGGCCCGCGCUACGUGUGGGGGGGAGACGCCGCUGGUCGUGCUGCGGCUGCGCGAGGGCCGCAGCAUGCAGCGGGUGCACAGGGACGUGGCCGCGCUGGCGUUCGACCGCCGUGUGUGCCAUGUCGUGGUGGAGGUGCCCACAGGCCUCCUGCUCCGACUUGGCUGUCCUUGCCGCGGUUUGUUGUUUUGCACAUUCCACCCUUCUCCCGCGAGCAGGCAUUCGGGUACAUGGGGCACAUACUGGAUGCGCUUGACCUGCUGUGCUUUGUGGAGACUGUGGGAAUGGACGGCAAGGACUGCGGCUACCUGUACGCUGGGGUGCACCAGCGCGGGGUGGACGUGGUCGAGCACACAAGUCUGAGGCUGGUGGGAGCGAACCACGGACUAGUGGCGGCACUGGGGCCUCCUGGCUCGUCCACCGGCGCGGCGCUUUCACCGAUGGCGUUGCUGUUGUUCGCCGAUGGCGUGCAUGAUGGUUCUGUUGGGGGGAUGUCGGCGCUGUCGAAUCCAGGUCUGCAGGAGUUUGUGCUGUGCGACGCAGUGCUGGGCGCGUGGGCCGGCGCAGCUGUGCGGCCUCUGCCAGUGUACCUGUACAGCCAGCCGCCGGGUGAGCACGGGUCUCUGUUAGCGUACUUCUUGGGCGGCCGCGGGGACAGGCGAGUGGGGAAGGAGUAG